GCUGAGACAUUUUGCGCCUGGCAGUGGCGCAUCGUGGCAGCCUGGCUUGGUUGUUUUCUUUUGUCCUCGCUGCAGCAUGUGAUCAGGUUGACCUGUUUGCAGAAUCCUGCUUUACAAACCGUGUCGCUUCAUUCUACGAAAGGCCAUCAUGCGCUUUGCAUCGGCGGCCUUUGUUGGCUCCCUGGCUCCGGCAGUCCUCUCUUCCCCCAGCCUCGACUUGGUCGGUACAUGCCAAUGGAGCCAACAGCUUCGCCUUUGGGGCCCAGUGGCGACGACCCCGGGCAAGACCACAUGCGACAACAAAGAACGCGAACGCGACAGCCGGACAGCUGGCUGGAGCGGUCCGCACGCAUGCGUCGGUGUCUACUGCGUGCACGCAAACGCCGAGCUGGGCGACGGCAUUGUCCUCUUUACGACGGACAGGAAUGCCAAGCGCGUCAUGGACCUGCGGCCGACGGCGCACGACGCCCUUGAGAGCAGCAGCAGCAGCAGCAGCAGCAGCAGCAGCGGCAGCAGCGGCCUGAAGGACCCGCCGUUUGCGGAACGGGCACUGCCUGGGAAGGGCCUCGGCCUCGUGGCGAAGAGGCCCAUCCGCAGGGGCGAGCUCGUCAUGGCCGAGGCGCCAGCCAUGCUUGCGCAGAAGAGAGUGCUGGAGGACCGCUCAGGGCGGUACAUCGAGGCGCUGGGCUCGGCUGUGCGCUCGCUCCCCGCCGCCCGUCGCAAGGCGUUCAUGCGACAGGGGCGGUCGGGAGACGGGGUUGGUGGCUACGAGAUCCUGGACAUCCUCCUGACGAACUCGUUCCGGCUGGCGCUUGCUGGGGAGGGUGAGGCAGGGUUUCACUACGGCAACUUCCCCAGCGCGUCGAGGAUAAAUCACGACUGCAGGCCAAACCUCGUUUCACAUACAGACGGGAAUCUCGUCUUUCGAGCGUAUGCAGCCAGGGCCAUCGCGCCUGGUGAAGAGCUCACCAUCUCCUAUAUCGACUCGCUCGCACCAGCUGCCGAGAGACAAGCCCACACGCGAGCAGUUUGGGGUUUCGUCUGCGGCUGCGAGCACUGCCGGCUGUCAACCGCCGAAGCCUCAUCUUCCAUUUCCCGCAUCCGGCGCCUGGCGCGGCUGGAGGAGGAUCUGGCCAAGCCCGAGAAGCUGGACGAGCGGCUUGCCAUGGCCCAGGAGCUCCUGGAUAUAUACGGGGUCGAAAGGCUAGAGGGCAAACUGAGCAAGCCGUACAAGCUCGCCGCUUUGAGCUACUGCAUGCUUGGGAUGGAGGAUCCGGCCCGGCGCUACGCCUCGCUUGCGGCGGAGGCGCUGGCAUUGGAGAAAGGCAAGGACGCCCAAGAUAUGAGUGCGGUGCGAGCACUGGUCGAUAAUUUGAAAGAGCAUUCCUGCUGGCCGGUUGGAGGUUAGCCCCCUGUGGGACCUGGAUCGGUCUAGCACGCUUGUACCAUCAAACGGCUCCCUUAGCCAGGUUAGCACCCCCGUUCGGACAAGCCCACCCGAGCUUGAGGUCAGGCAAGUCACCGAUCCGAGCAAUGGCAGCCAUUUGGAUCUACAGACACGUCAAUUCCCCAUUGGGGUUGUCGGUAGGGAUGUGGGCAAGUCUGGUGAGUGAUUCCUGCAGUGUUACCGGGCUUUAAUCAGUGAGAAAAAUGGGUGUUGUUCAAGCCUACACUCUAUGUCUAUGUCUAUAUCUAUCUGGUUAAAAUGCACUAUACUUUCUUCCCC